CUGAGGAUGUGAUGAUCUGAAGCUUCCAUAAAGCAUUGCAGAAGCCACAUCUCUGUCUACCCUGCACCAUGAGUUCUGGAGCCGUCCUGCUGCUGUUGCUGUCUGCCGGGCUGCAAUCAGCUUUCUCUCUGGAAUGUUAUAACUGCAGCUUCUCUGUAAAGGAUAAUUGUACAACUGCAACGACGUGCGUCAAUGGAAGGAAUCAAUGUGUCUUGACUAUCACCGAAGGCAACAUAGCAAGUGGCAUAGUCACACCAACCAAGUACUUCAGCUAUUCCUGUGGAAUGAAGGAUGACUGUGAUAAGAAAUUCAGUAUGUCCGUUAAUAACACCAUGCAAAGGAGCCAUACAUUUUGCUGUUCUGAAGAAAAAUGCCGACCUACAAAGACUGAAACACCCAAAGUAAAUACAGAAAAAAACAAUGUCCAAUGUUCCCACUGUUUUGAGAGCAACGCUGAGAAAUGCAAGAGUACGACAAUGAUGCAAUGCACCGGCGAUGAGAACAAAUGCUUCACCUACUCCUACUCAAUUAAAAACAUCGCCUACGCAGCUCAAGGCUGUAUGCAGACCAGUAUGUGUGACAGCAGCAAUGAUGUUAUAAUUCCUGGAAUCCCUAAUUACACCAAGAAAUCACUUGAAUGCAGCCGCGCACCCUCUGUCCUCCCACAUGUGCUUGGCCCAGUAACCUACGGCUUGCUGUUGCUCAAACUCAUCUCCUAAACUGAGUGCGAGGAAGCAGUGUGGAGAUUUCAGACGAGCCGGACUCUGGCAGAGGGGCCCCGCGGUGCAUUGCAGAGCAAGGUGUACCAACACACAGUAUACAAGCAGAGCAAUGCAUGCCUAUACACUGUGUAUAUUUGCAGAGGCAUGUAUAGCUAUAUAUCUGGGCAGACGUAUUUAUAUUCAUGUUAUGUAUGUGCACAGCAUACCUAUAUACAGAAACUCAAGCAGAGCAACAUAUGUUACAUACAGAGACGCAGGGAACUCAUUUCAGUUAUAUGAUCUGUGUGCAGAGCAUUGCAUGGCUUUGUUAUUGACAAACAGCUACUUCCUGUUCCUGGCAUCCCACAAGGCUUUGCAAACAGGGCAUGGCAGUCAGAGCAGGAAAUGAAGGGGCACUGGGUGGAGCUAAAGGAGAAUCACUGUGAAUUCCCCCAAUCAGGUGACCCCCGCUUUUAAGAACGCAAAUGUUUAAGGACAAUGCGUUGUCUGUAACUCCAACAAGAAAGAUAAAGCAUGGAUUUACUAAAAUAGGGCUUAGCGCUAUUUAUUGAACAUUGCCCUUUGCUCCGUGUUUCGUGUUCCCUCUAUUUUGUGGCCGUUACUGCAUUCAGCUGGUUUUUCUCUCCACUGUAAAAAAUCGAGGUCAAUAAAAACAUUUUUUGUAAUAAAAAAAAA